GCGGGCGGGGGCAGACGGGGCCGGGCAUGGCCGAGGGGCAGGGUGCGGCGGGGGGGGCCGCCCCCCCGGACAAGGUGAAGCGCCCCAUGAACGCCUUCAUGGUGUGGUCCCGCGGGCAGCGCCGGCGCCUGGCGCAGGAGCAGCCCAAGCUGCACAACUCGGAGAUCUCCAAGCGCCUGGGGGCCGCCUGGCGCCGGCUGCCCGAGGCCGAGAAACGCCCCUUCGUGGAGGAAGCCAAGCGGCUCCGGGCCCGGCACAUGAGGGACUAUCCCGACUACAAGUACCGGCCCCGGCGCAAGGGCCGGGCCCCCGCCAAGGAGCCGGCGGCCGGGGGCCGCCCGCAGCCGCCCGCCGCCCGGGCCUGGGGCUACGGCGAGCCCCUGGGAUACCAGCCGGCCCGUUACCCGCCGGGCCCGGCCGCCGCGGGAUACGGGAACGCCGCCGCCGGGUACAGCGGCUUCUCCUACGGCCCCCCGGCCCCGACGCCCUACAAGCAAGACCCCGCCCCCCACCCGCCGGGGGUGCUGCCCCCCGACUUCCGCGACAUGAUGGCCGCCUACGGCCUGCAGGCCUGUGACGUGGGCGAGGGCUUCCCCCAGCCGCCCUACGAGCCCCCCGGGCCGGCGCCUCUGACGCCUCUCUAG